CCUCGGCUCCCGGAAGUGCCGUGGCUUCCGGAAGUAUCUGGUUGCUUGACCGAGCCGGUGCAAACGGGAGUACUAGGGGGCGGCGGGGGGGGGGCGGGCAUCGCCGCCGCCGCCGCGGGCCUGAGGCUAAGGCCAGGCUGGAGCGGAAUGAUGGAGGAAGAGGAGCUCGAGUUUGUGGAGGAGCUGGAAGCCGUGCUGCAGCUCACUCCGGAGGUGCAGCUCGCCAUUGAGCAGGUGUUUCCAAGCCAGGAUCCUCUGGACCGAGCAGAUUUCAAUGCUGUGGAAUACAUCAAUACCCUUUUCCCGACAGAACAAUCUCUGGCAAACAUAGAUGAAGUCGUGAACAAAAUUCGAUUGAAAAUAAGGAGGCUGGAUGACAACAUUCGAACAGUAGUGAGAGGCCAGACUAACGUGGGGCAGGAUGGAAGGCACGCACUGGAAGAGGCUCAAAAAGCCAUCCAGCAGCUCUUCGGCAAAAUUAAGGAUAUCAAAGACAAAGCAGAAAAAUCCGAGCAAAUGGUUAAGGAAAUCACACGGGACAUUAAGCAGCUAGACCAUGCCAAACGCCACCUGACUACUUCCAUAACCACACUGAACCACCUGCACAUGUUGGCAGGAGGUGUGGAUUCCCUUGAAGCCAUGACAAGGCGGCGACAGUAUGGAGAAGUUGCCAACCUUCUACAGGGCGUAGUGAACGUCUUGGAACACUUUCACAAGUACAUGGGGAUUCCACAGAUUCGGCAACUUUCAGAGAGAGUAAAGGCAGCCCAGACUGAGCUAGGACAGCAGAUCCUGGCUGAUUUUGAAGAAGCUUUUCCUUCCCAGGGUACUAAGAGACCUGGAGGCCCCAGCAAUGUCCUGCGGGAUGCAUGUUUGGUUGCUAAUGUGUUGGACCCCAGGAUCAAACAGGAAAUCAUCAAGAAGUUUAUUAAGCAGCACCUCUCUGAGUACCUGGUGCUCUUUCAAGAAAACCAAGAUGUUGCCUGGCUCGACAAAAUCGACAGACGCUAUGCCUGGAUAAAACGCCAGCUCGUGGACUAUGAAGAGAAAUAUGGGCGUAUGUUUCCACAUGAGUGGUACAUGACCGAGAGGAUUGCUGUAGAGUUCUGCCAUGUCACCAGGGUGGAGCUUGCCAAGAUCAUGCGUACCCGAGCUAAGGAGAUAGAAGUGAAAUUGCUUCUGUUUGCCAUCCAGAGGACAACCAACUUUGAGGGACUCCUCGCCAAGCGCUUUUCUGGCUGCACCCUGACAGACGGAGCCCCGAAAAAGGUCGAGGUCCCUCCUCCAUCCACCAAUCCUUUCUUGGAAGAUGAUCCUGGACCCGAGAUGGAGGAAUUGACAAUGGACAAAGGGGACUUAGAUCAGCCAAAGAAGCCAAAAGUUCCAGAAAACCCAUUUCAUGGAAUCAUUUCCAAGUGUUUUGAGCCUCAUCUCUACGUGUACAUCGAAUCCCAGGACAAGAAUCUUGGGGAACUGAUUGAUCGAUUUGUGGCUGAUUUCAAGGCCAUGGGGCCCCCCAAACCAAACACGGAUGAAGGUGGCGCUGUGCUGCCCAGCUGUGCCGACCUCUUUGUCUAUUACAAGAAGUGCAUGGUACAGUGCUCACAGCUCAGCACCGGGGAGCCAAUGAUUGCUCUGACCACCAUAUUCCAGAAGUAUCUCCGGGAAUAUGCUUGGAAAAUACUCUCCGGCAACUUACCCAAGACCACCAGCACCAGUGGAGGGCUGACCAUCAGUAGCCUCCUCAAGGAGAAGGAGGGCUCAGAAGUGGCCAAGUUCACUCUAGAGGAGCUCUGCCUCAUCUGCAGCAUCCUAAGCACAGCAGAGUACUGCUUGGCCACAACCCAGCAGCUUGAAGAAAAACUCAAAGAAAAAGUUGAUGCAAGCCUUAUUGAAAGGAUCAACCUGACAGGGGAGAUGGACACAUUCAGCACUGUCAUCUCCAACAGUAUUCAGCUGCUGGUUCAGGAUCUUGAUGCCGCCUGUGACCCUGCUCUUACUGCCAUGAGCAAGAUGCAGUGGCAAAAUGUGGAGCAUGUUGGUGACCAGAGUCCAUACGUCACCUCUGUGAUUCUCCAUAUAAAGCAGAAUGUCCCCAUCAUCCGCGACAACUUGGCCUCCACACGCAAGUACUUCACUCAGUUCUGCAUCAAAUUUGCAAACUCCUUCAUUCCCAAGUUCAUCAAUCAUCUCUUCAAGUGCAAGCCAAUUAGCAUGGUGGGAGCAGAACAGCUGCUGCUAGAUACACAUUCUCUGAAGAUGGUCCUCCUGGAUCUGCCCUCCAUUGGCUCCCAGGUGGUAAGGAAAGCACCUGCCAGCUACACCAAAAUUGUCGUGAAGGGCAUGACCCGGGCUGAGAUGAUCCUGAAGGUGGUGAUGGCCCCUCACGAGCCGUUGGUGGUAUUUGUUGACAACCUCAUCAAACUCCUUACGGAUUGUAACACAGAAACCUUCCAGAAGAUACUGGACAUGAAGGGCCUUAAGAGAAGCGAGCAGAGCAGCAUGCUGGAACUCUUCCGCCAGCGGCUGCCUACCCCGCCAUCAGCAUCAGAGGGUCCUGGCUCCACGUCCCUGACGGCACCAACACCUGAACAAGAAUCAUCCCGCAUUCGAAAAUUGGAGAAACUCAUCAAAAAGAGACUCUAAGCAAACAGGAGAGGGGCCCGGGCCGCCUUUGCCAGAGAGUGGUGCAUCCUCCGACCCUCAACAGGCAGCUCUUUUGGAAGUCCCUUAGGCCUCCCCUCUCCUCCAUGAGCAUCAAUCCCCUCAUGUUUUCCUGGGAAAUUUGGGUUUGACAGUGUACAUUUGCCGUAUUGUGUGUGACUCCUUCCCUAAACUAUGAAGCCAGUUUGGUAAGAGAAAAAGAAAGGAGUGCAGGUUGGGUUAUGUCUUCCAUUGCUUGGGACCCUGUUUCAAAACCAUCUCUAAUCCCUAAAAACAGAGUCUUAAGACAGAACAAGUGGAAGCGUGCUUUUUAUUUUCAUCCACUAGCUUGUCACUGUCACGUCAUUUUUAGGGACUCACUGCAUGCCACCUCUAGCCAUCCCCCCAACUAGCACCAGACCUUGUUCCUCACCUUGAAACUGCCCAUUGAUAACUCUGCAUAAAAAGCCUGUUUCCCCCUCCAUCUAGAAUCCUAUGUCUAAUCAGCCCCCUGGGAGUGCUUUGGACCUGCCUUGGAGGGACCUCUCAGUCCUGAGCAUGUGGAGUGACAGAUGCUGCUGGGUACAUGCCUGCCCACUACCAAGCCUGCUCUCCUAGCGUAUUCUGGUUUGCCUGUGCCUGGGCUUACCAUUUGGCCAAGUUACAGCUCUGCUCUUUCCCACUUUUUCAGCUUAGGAUCUGGUUUCUACAGCCUUCUCAGGAAGCUCUCCCUCUGCUUGUGGGCCAGGCCCUCAGAGGCUGAGUGUCUGAGAAUAUAUUGGGGUCAUUGUGAGAGCAGACAGACAUCUGCUUUGCGGAGAGGAUUCUGCUCAGCAUCCUUACUUAGUAGGGUUGCAUAACUGAGUUUCCCAUUCCUGUUUCUGUUCUACUCCUCUCCCUUUCUCCCCAGUAACUCUUGGCUUCUUAGGAGUGGGACUGGGCUGAGUAGGAGGCAAAACCAGGAAUCUCACUUGGUGGAUUGAUGCCAACCAGGUGGGGCUGUGGGCAGGCCGCUGCCUCCAUUGCUUUUCCACCCCAUUCCCCACACCCCCUUAAUUCAGAUACAGUCCUUGCCCCUGUCCAUCCCUAAGAUGAGUUUGAAGUGGCAAAUGUUAUAUACAUACAUAACUGGAAUGCCAUCUUAUUUAAUUACUAAUGAAAAUAGCACCAUAGGCUCAUGAAAUAAACUAUUAGUCUGAAAGAACUGGCUCUUAGGCCUUCCAGCCUGCCUACUGUGCCAGCCCCUCCUUUCCCUUAGCAAUCCCCAUGGCCUCUCUCUGGCUAAUCUGACCUGCUCUCAGAGAUAAUAGCACAAUAACUCCUUGACUUCCUAGAGAAAAAUGAUUCCUCCUCAAUCAUUAGGAAGCCAUUUCCUGUGGCCACAGAGAGUGUGAAAUGUCUGUAAACACCAACUUCAUUGGAAGCCAAUUUGGGCUUUACUCUGAGAAUAAUGUCAGGAUAAGGGUGACCCGUGUUGGCCCAUGUCCUUUAUUCAGUUGUAUGUAUUUCAGAGGGAGUGUGGGAAGGAAGAAGGAGAUGUAGCCCUUUGUUUACAACAGAUCCGAUGGCAGCUGGAGGCCAACCUGACCUGGGAAGGAGAGAGAGGGUGAGGAAGGGUUCUGGGAAAUUCAGAAAAUAUCCACCUUUGAAAAUCAAAAAAUAGGCUUCUUGCCUCUCUGCUAAUCAUUCCAUCCUGUUAGCCUGUUUCCCUGAUUUGGUUCAUUGGUCCUAACUCUGGUCUUCCGAAUUCAUUUCCUUACUUUUGAUCUUUUCUUCCUAAUUAAGGGGGCUUUUCAAACCUGGACCUUUUAGACCGAAGGACAUUGAUAAGGGAGACAGAUGAAAAAUCAGGAUUUGGGAGAGUAUUUACAAUUUGAUUUUGACAUUAACGCAAGGUAAACUGAAGACUGCUGUGAGGGUAAUCUAAUAUUUGGUCAGCAACUGACCCUUUCAGUGGGGUUAGGCUAGUAACAGGGUUGGCUUUGGAAAAGUAAUUCAGCUGACACUAACUCAGUUUUACUUCUUCCUUUCUUGGGAGCCGAUAGCAUCUCCCUUUCACCCUUUCCCACCAUAUUUGGGAUGGUUGGUUUGAAUUCAGUCCAUCUCUGAUUUUCUUCUGUCUCCUAGCGGUUUCUUUAGCUAGCUGGCUCAGCAGGUUGUUAAAGGCCUAGUUCUCAGUAUUUAGUGAGGCUGUUUCAUUCUCAUUGGUCCCUUUCUGGGAUGAUCUCUAAGACGCAUUUAUACUUCAAUGCCUUGGGUCCCCAGCAUCUCCUCUCUGAAGGGGCCAAUAAGAGUCAGUAGGUCUUGGAUGAAAUGCUCUGCUCCCCAGGGCUGAACACUACAAUGGGCUUUGUGAUGGUAUGGAGAGAUUUCUUUAAACAAACAUCUUACUGGCUUUUUAACCAGAAUAUGUUUAUUGUAUAUUAGAGGUAGUUUAGAUGUCACAAAAAAUAUUCUUUGCUGAUUGCUCACAGCUUAAAUUUAUAGUUGAUGUCGAUGUUAGAAACCAUGCCACAAGCCUGACUUUUUCCACGCUGACUAGACUCUUUUCUUAUUCAAGCCCAGAACAGUAGAUCCAGCAGCAUUGUCCUUACUUCUGAGCAACCUGCCUGAUGAGAGCAACAGUUGGCAGCUUUGUUAUUUGGUUAACUUUAAACAGGUACCUGCUGCUCUCAAUUUCCCAGAUCCUUCAAGGAAAGAAGAAAAUCCAAACAGUUGAAAGUGAUUAAAGCCAAAUAUCUGCAUACAAUAUUGGUCAUUUACAUUCCCCCUAAAGUGUUGCCUUCUGUGGGUGUCCUUCCAUCUUGGUUGCAUCGUUGGUUGUUCUUUCCUUUGGAUUAUCUAGAGUGAAAAAUUGAGAAACCUCAUCUGAGCAGGAAGAGCCUAGCCUGGAGAAGUCAGAUUAGGGAUGUUGUCUAUAGCAUGGACAUCGGAACUGAUGAAUGAUGGGAUAGGCAUGGAAUCUGCUUUGUUCCUGGAGAGUUCUAACCUGCACUUUCAAUUACAGAAUGAAUUAGGCAAGGUCUUCUUUUUUCCCACCCAAAAACCAGGUGUGCUGCUCUGCCCUCCCUCCCAAGGCCUUCAGCCCCUUUCUGCUUUCUCACAUUUCAGUCAGUUCAUCGAGCAAGCUCACUAGCAGAUAGUCUCCCAAAGAAAAGUGUAACAAGGCCUGUAGGUUAGCCCCAGAAAGAGCCAGCAAACUAAUGGCAAAUCAGCCAAGGGAGCCAGCAAGCUCUGCCAGACGUUGGUGCUUAGAUCGUGGUUUGUGUUGAGGUGCUAGAGAUACACUAGCCACCAUGCCUCAGCUCCCCAUCUCUGAUAGAGGCAGGCUGCUUGUAGGGUGAAGGCAGAUGGCUUGUAUGUCUUGUUCUAGUCAGGAUCUUAAUUCAAAAUGAGCAUGGUGGUGGUAAGAGAAUACCGAAUACACAGGCAUAUUGGGAAACCAGUCGAAAUAAAGGAUGUUUUUGUCUUUGGUAUGUAAAAUAAUUUCCUAUUUCCUUGUAUUUAUCAAAUCGGGUGCUUCUGGAGCCCUCAAAUUGGACACCUGAGUAAGAUGUAAAUUUCCUUCCAAUAAAGGGAUGGUUUUUUUUUGUCGUAAAUAUCUUUUAUGUUCCCCAUCUGGAAGUGAUUUCUUGGUGUAUACUGGAGCGUGACACUGUUGCUAAUUAAACCAUUAUUGUAUGUCA